AAGUUCGUGGCGAGCGGCGGCGGGAACCGGCUCGGGAGGCUCCGGAGAGCCCGAGGCCUGUGCUGCAGGAUGGAUCCCGCCCGCUCCGAGGUCCGACUCGCUGUCCAGGACGCCUUGCACACCCUGUCAUCAUCUGAGGAUGGUGGCCACAUCUUCUCCACCCUGGGGUCCCUGAAGCGGUAUCUCAGUGACACGGAGAGCCCAGCCCUCCCCAGGGAGAAGGAGGAGUUUGCCACAGUGCACUUCUCCCCGGUUCUCAGACGUCUGGCCGUGAUGAGCCCCGGCUGGCUGGAGCUGUUGCCCGACGGCCGGCUGGAGGAGCUGUGGGCCAGCUUCUUCCUGGAGGGCCCGGCCGACCAAGCCUUCCUGGUGCUGAUGGAGUCCAUCGAGAGCACUGCAGGCCCCAGCUUCCGUCUGAUGAGAAUGGCGCAGCUGCUGGCCGAGUUCCUGAGGGCGGGCAGGAUGGCGGCUCUGAUGGAGGCGCAGUGUCGGCAGCGGACGUCGCCCGGCUUUCCCCUGCUCCGUGAGACGCUGCUCAGCAGGGUGGUGGGCUUGCCUGAUCGCCUGGGCAACUGUCUGCAGCGGGGGAACCUGGCCGAGUUCCUGCCUCAGAACUACUUCCCUCUGCUCGGCAAGGAGGCCGUCCGGGUGCUGCAGGCCGUCGUGGACUCUCUGCGAGGUGGCUCGGACUGCUCCGUCUCCUUUGUGUCUCAAGUCCUGGGGAAAGUCUGUGUCCACGGGAGGCAGCAGGAGACUCUGGGCGUGCUGGUGCCCGGGCUGACCACACUCACCGAGGGCAGCUGCCUCUGGCAGCGGGUCUGCUGGCGCCUGGUAGAACAAGUGCCGGACCGGGCUGUGGAGGCCGUGCUGACGGGGUUCGUGGAGGCCGCUCCAGGGCCCGAAGUCCUGUCGCGGCUGCUGGGGAACCUGGUGGUGAAGAAUAAGAAAGCCCGGUUUGUGGUGACCCGGAAGCUUCUGUUCCUGCAGUACCGACUCACGACGCCCGUGCUGCAGAGCCUGCUGGGGUACCUGGCCAUGGACAGCCAACGGCGCCCGCUCCUCCUGCAGGCGCUGAAGGAGCUGCUGGACACGUGGGGCAGCAGCAGCGCCAUCCGACACACGCCGCUGCCGCAGCAGCGCUACAUCAGCAAGGCCGUGCUCAUCUGCCUGGCGCACCUGGGGGACGCGGAGCUGUGGGACAGCCGGGACGAACUGCUAGGCAGCAUGAUGGCGGGCGUGAAGUGCCGCCUCGACAGCAGCCUGCCCGCCAUGCGCCACCUGGGCAUGAUCGUGGCCGAGGUCGUCAGUGCCCGCCUCCACCCCGAGGGGCCUCCCCUGAGGUUCCAGUAUGAAGAGGACGAGCUGAGCCGAGAGAUGCGGGCCUUGGCCACCCCCGGGCCAGCGGGCGGUGGCGCCUUGGAGGCGGGAAGCCCGUCCCUGGCUCCAGCCCCCGCAGAGACCCCUACAGAGACCCCUGCAGAGGCUGUGGACAGCAGUGUCCCCCAGGCACAGCUGGAGGGCUCCGACUCGGAGCUGGACAGUGACGAUGAGUUUGUCCCCUAUGACAUGUCGGGGGACAGAGAGCUCAAGAGCAGCAAGGCGCCCGCAUAUGUCCGGGACUGCGUGGAAGCCCUCACCACGUCUGAGGAUGGGGAGCGCUGGGAGGCAGCCCUGCGGGCCCUGGAGGGCCUCGUCUGCAAGAGUCCCGAGGCCACCCGGGAGGUGAGCGUGGAGCUGGCCAAGGUGCUGCUGCACUUGGAGGAGAGGACCUGUGUGGCGGGAUUUGAGGGGCUGCGCCAGAGAGCCCUGGUGGCCGUCACUGUCACGGACCCGGCUAGGGUAGCCGAGUAUCUGACCUCGCAGUUCUACGCUCUGAACUACAGCCUCCGGCAGCGCAUGGACAUCCUGGAUGUCCUGACCCUGGCUGCCCAGGAGCUGUCCCGGCCUGGCCGCCUCAGGAGGGCUGCACAGCACGGCCACCCUGGUCCUGGCACCUACUGCUCGCCGCCACUGGCCGCCUCUCAGCCUGGCAGCGCCGCGGCUCCCGACUGGCGGCUGGCGGUGGAGGAGCGGAUCAGAAGCAAGACCCGGCGGUUCUCCAAGGGCGCGCCCCGGCUGGGGCCCGUGGGCGGUCCCAACGCGUUCAACUCCGUGGCCGGCUGCUUCUUCUUCCCCCUCAUUCAGCGCUUCGACAGGCCUCUGGUGACCUUCGACCUUUUGGGAGAUGACCAGUUGGUUCUUGGGAAACUGACUCACACCUUAGGGGCCAUGAUGUACCUGGCCGUUAAUGCCACGGUGGCUGUGCCCAUGGGCAAGGCUCUGCUGGAGUUCGUGUGGGCCCUUCGCUUCCACGGCGACGCCUACGUGCGCCGGGGCCUGCUGUCUGCCGUGUCCUCUGUCCUGCUCAGCGUACCCGCCCAGAGGCUGCUGGAGGACCUGCCGGACGAGCUGCUGGAGGCCAGGUCCUGGCUGGCAGACGUAGCCGAGAAGGACCCGGAUGAGGACUGCAGGGUGCUGGCGGUGAAGGCUCUGCUGCUUCUGGAGAGACUCAAGGACAAGCUCCUCCUCCCACCUUCGCCUUAGUCCCCUGUGCCUUU